AUGCCAGGUACAGUACCACAAUCUCGAAGCAAGUUGAGAAAGAUAAUUCCUUCAAGCACAGCUUGGAUAACAUCAUUUAAACGACCUGUUCUUGACAAAGAACAAAGCAACACCGAAAAUAAUGUCAAUAAACUGUACCAACAAUCUAAGGAAGAAAAUGAACUAGAUGCAACAGAGUCUACUGAAUAUGAUCAUCACCCAGUAUUAGAAACCUCCAACAAAAGAGAAAGUAAAGAAAACAGACUUGAAGAAAGAGAAAAAAUUGGAGCUAAUAAGAGCGUUUCAUCAAUUUCUACAUCAAGUGCUUUUUCAAAAGAUCAUGGUACAGCAUAUAAUGCAAAAAUUACUAGCGUGGAGAAUCCUAUUGAGUGCGAUAAAACAGGUAAAGAUAAAUCUUUUCAUAAGAGAUUAUCAACAUAUAGCAAAGAUAAUGUAAAGACCGAAACAGGUGAUAAAUUGAAAAAUAGUUUAUCAACAGCAAAGCAGGAACCAAUCACGCACACGGUAGUUGAAGAAUCACUAAAAGACAAGCCAGUCUUGCUUAAACACUACAGAGAGCUCAAUAAAACAGCUGCAGGUGCACUAGAGCCUCAUAUAGAUGAUCCAAACAAGGAGUAUGAUUUGGGCUCUGGCUUGAAAAUGAAACAAGUGCAGUUGAUGAAGAUAGCCGCAGAAAGAGUUAAGCCUAUACUUACUUUGAUAGAUAACGAAGUGGCAAAAACCAGAGAGGAAGAUGAAAUCAAGAGACAGCAAGAUUUGGAAUUUAAGGUUCUGAAACAUAAAGGUAAAUUGGAAAAUGAGCUCAAGAGACAUAAAAGCAGGUUGGAAAAGAACAAAGACACAUUUGACCAGGAAAUUGACAGAAAGUUGGCAAGUAUAGAAACUUUAAAGAAUGACUCGGUUGCAAAACGCAACGAGUAUAAAGAGACAAUUGAAACUGAGAUUUCCAAUGCAAAAGAGGAGUAUAAACAACGCGAGGAAAAGGCCAUUACCCAACAUGCUUUUGAUAAGAAGACACUUGAAAAGAACCAUGAGGAGCUUCUUGCUACUAAAGUACAAGCAUUGGAAGAGACCAAAUUUGAUCAAGAAAAAGUCUUGCACGAAAUUGGAGAUUUGCAAGAGAGAAAAGCGGCUUUGGCUUGUGAAAACGAGGUGGUUUUGCACAGCAUUGAACAAUUGGGUGCGAUUGUCAAUGAAAAGAACACAAAAUUGGAUGAUUUGAUUACCAACUACCAAGUUCAGCAAGACUGGGUCAAAGCAAAUGAUGCAAAGAUUGAUGAUUUCAAUGCUAAAGUUGAUGCAAUCUAUAACAGUUUGAAUGUCAAGAAAUUUCAAGAAAAAGCGUUAGCUAAUAAAGUGAAAGAGUUGGAGAUAUCUCUUGCGAAAUACCAGACAAAACUCAACGAAUUACAUUUUGACGCAAAACAAAAUGCAGAAAGGUUAGUAGAUGCUAAACAAAAGAUGAAAGUUUGGCAAGCAGAAAAGGAUAAACUUGCCGAAGAAGAAGCACGCAAACACGAACGUGAGAGGGUAAUUGCUACUCAGGAGUUUGAAACGAGGAGACAUUUGGAGGCAUUGGAGAAGAAAUUUGGAAAAGAAGUGAAAGAAGGGAAGAAAGAAGAGCAAUGA